UUCUAUUCGGAUAGAGAAUCAUGGGAGUGUUCAGCUGCAGCACCAUGAUAGCAUCCUCCAUCCCGGCAGCCAAGGCGUUUGAGGCCAUUGUCAAUGCCAACAACCUCAUCUCCGGGGUCCUCAUGCCAGUCCUCAAGAGCGCUGAGUUCGUCGAGGAGUUCACUUCCAUCGAAGGCAACCGAGACAGGACAGUGAAGCACAAGGUCGAGGCCCUGGACAAUGAGAACUUCACCUACUGCUACUCGAUCACUGAGGGCGAUGCGCUGGGCACCACCUUCGAGAUGAUCACCUACGAGGCGAAGAUCACCAUGUCACCCGAGGGAGGCUCGGUGUGCAAGAACACAAUCAAGUACUUCGCCAAGAACGACGUGGACAUCACCGAGGAGAAGAUCAUGGCAGUGAAGGAGAAGGCGUCCGCAUUGUCCAGGGCCAUCGAGGCUUAUCUGGUGGCGAACCCUCAUGUCUAGGGUGUCACCUUAAUGGUUUUAUUUCAGGAAGUUGGUACAGUGUUUUCUUUUUUUUUGGUCUGAUGGUGCAGUGGUUUGUGUAGUUUUAUUAUCCGGAAGUUGGUGCAGUUGUUUUGGGGUUUUUAUUUUACUCUUAUUUGAGCGAUGGUUGUGGAUAUUGUGAGCGGGGAAGGGCUAUAUG